AUCAAGAAAUAAUCAUCUUGGUAGACUGUUCUUUGAAUGUGAACAGUGAAUUGAAUAAAAGUUUGGAAAGUGUAUACGUUUCAGUUGUUGUAGACUACGAUCUUUAAAAAUCCUAAUGGCUAGUUGAUUCUUAUCUAUGGAUUGAAGAUGCCAUAACUUUAUUUUCGAACAAUAUCUUCUACAACAGGCACAUUGUUUUUCUAUUGGCACACAGUGUAAUCUAGGAUCGUUUGAAGAAAUUAUAGUUCUAAGGUUUCUGAUCAGACAGUUGAAGAAAUGAGCUAGAUACCAGGAUUUGACGUAUCGUUCUGCCUUUUCCAAGUUAUCCUUGCAUCGCGAAUCAUGCUGCCAAGGGGAAUAAUACCGUUGAUCGGCCUGCGUCCCGUCUCCCUAGGGAUCCGACCCUCGUUCGUAUGCUCUUCUCAGCGAAGGGAACUCGUCAGUGCCGAAGUUUUGCCGCAGCUUACUAAGGAUCGAUAUCCUCACGUAAAAAGGGGCGAGUACGCCAAGCUAGACCAACAUCACUUGGGGUUCUUCAAGGAUCUCCUCGGUCCGGAUCGUGUGAUUACCGAUCCAUCAGACUGCGAGGGUUUCAAUGUCGAUUGGAUCAGGAAUGUCAGAGGGUAUAGUCAGUGCGUUUUGAAACCAAAAACUACCGAGGAAGUUUCCAAAAUAUUGUCGUUCUGCAACGAUAAUCGUGUUGCUGUAUGCCCGCAAGGUGGUAAUACUGGCUUAGUUGGUGGUUCUGUUCCAGUUUUUGAUGAGGUGGUAUUGUGGACUGGGUUGAUGAACAAUGUCAUGAGCAUUGAUGAAACCUCAGGUGCUCUGGUUUGCCAAGCAGGCUGCAUCUUGGAACAUCUUGAUAACCAACUAGCUGAAAAGAAUUUGAUGAUGCCUCUAGAUUUGGGAGCCAAAGGUUCUUGUCAUAUUGGAGGUAAUGUUUCCACCAAUGCCGGAGGUUUAAGGUUACUCCGCUAUGGAAAUCUCCACGGAACUGUUUUGGGGGUGGAGGCA